GAAUUAUAUAUAAUUAUUUGUCUAACAAAAUAAAAAAAAGAAGAAGAAGCAAAAGACAUGAGCAAAAUUACAGCCGAAUUAAUUUAAUAAUCAAAUUAAAUAAUUAAUCCUUUAAGAGAAAGACAUUUAGAUUUAAAAGGAUUAAAAAUAUAUGUAAUAGAAAAUUUAGGAGCGACUUUGGAUUUUUUUGAUUGUAUUGAUAUGAGCGACAAUGAAAUUAAAAAGUUGGGUAAUUUUUCAAUACUAUUAAGAUUAAAGACAUUAAUCUUAAAUAAUAAUAAAAUUUCAAAAUUAUCAAGAAUUAAUGAGGCACUUCCAAAUUUAGAAAACUUGUGUUUAAUGAAUAAUAGAAUUACAGAAUUAAAAGAAAUUGACAGUUUAUCUGGAUGUUAAAAAUUAUAAAGACUUGUUUUAUAUAAUAAUGUGGUUACAUAAGCUCCUGAUUUUAGACUUUAUGUUAUUUCCAGAAUACCUAGUUUAAGAAUGUUGGAUUUUUAAAAAGUUACAAAAUAAGAAAGAGAAUAAGCACAAGCUAAAUUUGAAUUCUAACCAUAAUUGAAUAAAAUCGAAGAUUAAGAAACAAAAUUAGCAAAGGAUAAAAAAGAAAAAUUAAGAUACUUAAUUGAAAAUGCCUAAACUGCUGAAGAAAUCAAUAGAAUUGAAUUACUUUUAAAAUCUAGUGAAUUAAAAAAUUAAUAAUUGCUUGAAUAGACAUUAUAAUAAUUCAAAUGA